AUGGAACUGCAAUACACACCAUGCGCAAGAUGCCUAAAGUUGUACCUGAAUGACCUCAAGAGGAUGCAGAAUGGAGGCCCUUUCAAGGUUCAGCCCUGUGUCAGAAUCGAGAUCCUUGGCCUUCCUCUGCACCGAAAGGGUCCGACAAAAUAUUCAGAACUCGAUACCUGGCUUCCUCAGAAACAGGCCCAGCUGGAAUGGCACACUUUUGACAACACCACUCGAGUGUUCAAACUUACUCAAGGUUUCGGGGAGGGAAUGGACAAUGCACUGCGUCUCCAGGUGUCCAGAUUCAAGCCUGGACCAGGAGACCGCACUGCGUACUUCUGGACUGACGAGAAGACCGGGCUAUUGCGUUCCAUGGAGAUGCCGCCCUACUUCAUCAGCGACAUGGAUGCCGCCAAAGCCAGUGUUGUCGAGUUUCUUCGCAAUGCUCGCUCCGUCUACAUUGACACCCUACUCGGUGAUGCCAGCCCGAUAACUCGAAAGACGUUUGAGUCUGCUUUGAGAUUCUCAGCUUUUGGUCAGAGCAAACUGGUAUCUCUUGCCCUCGACACCUGGGUUGCCGCACGGUUCAUUGAAAGUCACUGGCGUGUCUUCGAGGGUGGUGAGGAAAUCGGGGCUCACCCCACCGCCGAGGCCGGCCAUCCUUACGAUGGCUUCAUCCCAGUAACACCAAUCAUGGAUACGCAGCUCGACAACUUGGUAAUUGCAGAUCUGUUAGCGCCAAUGAGAGAAGAGCUUCUCAAGCGGCUCAAGGCAAAGAUUGACGAGAAGAAGCGCUCCAACUGGCUGGAGAUUUACCUCACGCUUUUCGUGAUGAUGUCUAACACCGGUUGGAUCAUCAAAGACAUGAUUGCCAUGACAACGUGGAAGGGCCUCAAGAUGGGCAAUCGUGGGGGACAACUGACAAGAGGUUACAUUCACGCCUCCAAAUCUCUGCUCUCGUGCUUUCACUACGCCUGCUCCGGGUCAUUUCCUCUCACGAUACCGGAGAAUGAGCUGAAGACAGGAAACCACAACAUGACCAGCGACCAGAUUGAGUACAUGGCCUUUGUGCAGCAAGAGCUUGCCCGUGAAGGUUCCAAGCAUGCCAACUGGAAGAGUCUGGACAUGUACAAGGACGAUGAAUACUGGACCCACCAGCUACUGUGCAAGGAUUGGAAGGGAGACGCGCCUUACACAGCAGGACCAAUCGAUGACUUUACCGAGGAUGAUUUUCUUUCUUCUUCUACUACAUGA